GCAUGUGCCGGCUGGUUGCUAUUGGUACGCGGGGUUUGGCGCGGGCGGCUUUCUCCGCCGUCCGCCUUCCUCCCUCGGCUGCGCCGCCAGGGACAGAGGCAGGACGGGCGGGAAGGGCUCCGGCGGUGCGAGCAGAGCGGCGUCCCAGCGGCUCCCCCAACGACGAAGCCGCCUCACUUUCGCCGCCUCCCCUGAUUUUGACAGUGCCCUGCGGGCACCCGCUGAGGCGGUCACGUACCAAACGAAGCAACAAGAGGGCGGCACAUCCGUCAGUUUUGUCACGCUGCUGCUAACUUCGCCGUCGCCGCUGCCGCCACUUCUUGCGGAGGCUUCACCAGCGAAUAUUCUCAUGGAAGAGGGCGGAGGGCCUGAGCUCGCCUUUCUGCUCUCUCCCUCUCUCCCUCCGUCUCAUCUACCCAGGAAAAUGACAUCUCUCUCUCUCUCUCAUCUGUGAUAGAAAAACCCCCACUUCCUUUCGAGGAGCGCUGCUGCGAACAUCCUGUGUUGUGGGGUCGCUCUGCCAUUCAGCACUGCAGAGCUCAGGAUAAAAUUUCAGCCUGGGACUAUGCUGCAGUUUUGAAGUCCCAAUGAUGAUAUAAAUUCGCCUGUGCUGGAUGAUGAUGAAAGCUUAAAGAAUCCAGAAAUAAACAUGUGAUUUGUGCUGUGUAUAAUGUCAAGCCUCCAUAACUGAAUUGGAUGCCUCCUUGGUGACUGAAAAUGGAUCCCAUAUCGUUCAAAGUUAAAAAUCCUGAAGCAGCCAGUGAUGGCUCAGUAGACUUCAGUCUCCAGCUAGUAGGUUCUCUUCCUGUCCAUUUUUUAACCACUAUGCCGGUACUUCCUUGGAUUGUGGCAGAGAUUCGGCAGCUCAGCACCCAGUCCUUGAAGGAAGAGCCCUGCACCAGCCAAAUCCGGCUUUAUGUCUCGCCAGACAGACUGAGAUGUGAAGCAGACACAGGAAAAAGUCAGCAAUGGGAUCCUCUGAUUUGUUCCAGUCUGUUUGAAUGUAGGCCACAGCAAGUCCACAAACUGAUUCACAACAGUCAUGAUCCAAGUUACUUUGCCUGUUUAAUAAAGGAUAGAGCAGUAACUCAGCAAAGUACCUGCUAUGUAUUCAAAGCUGAUGAUCAAACAAAAGUGCCUGAGAUUAUAAGCACCAUCAGACAAGCUGGAAAGAUUGCACGUCAAGAAGAAUUUCAGAAUAACCUUUCAGAUGUCGAUGAUCCAUUUAGCAAAAAAUUUGAGGUGCUGUUUUGUGGUCGAGUGACAGUGGCACACAAAAAUGCACCUCCAGCACUCAUAGAUGAAUGUAUUGAAAAAUUUAACGAUGUUAGUUAUACCAAAAACUUGGACUCUGGUUCAUUUUCCCAACAACAUGAAACUGCCAACUCUGGAGGUUUUUCCAUAAGUGAUAAAUUCCGAGCUGUCUUCCAACCGUUGGUUAACGAAGAACUGGAAAAAAGGCCAAUGAGGAAAUCCUAUUCUCAGCCUGGACUGCGUUCAUUUUCUUUCAAGAAAGAUUUGCAAGCCGGGAGCCUGAGGAAUAACAGCUUUGCCAGAUCCUUUGAUGAUGAUGUGGUUUCUCUGAAUUUGAAAAGUCGGUUUAUCCAUGGGCAAAAUGUGGAGCCUACAGAUAUUGCAGGAAACAGGAUUAUGUUAUUCACGAUUGGCCAGUCUGAAGUUUACAUCAUCAGUCCUGACACCAAAAAAGUAGUUAUUGAGAAAAGCUUUAAAGAAAUCUCUUUUUGCUCUCAGGGAAUUAGACAUGUGGAUCACUUUGGAUUUAUCUGCAGAGAAACUUCAGAAAGCAGAGGCUUCCAUUUUGUCUGUUACGUCUUUCAGUGCACAGAUGAAGCCCUGGUUGAUGAGAUCAUGAUGACUUUAAAACAGGCUUUUACAGUAGCUGCUGUCCAACAAACCUCCAAAGCACAAUUACAGCUCUGUGAAGGAUGUCCUAUGCAGAGCCUUCAUAGGCUCUGUGAAAAAAUAGAAGGGAUGCAUCCUUCUAAAACUAAACUAGAACUCCAAAAACAUUUAACAACACUGAAUAACCAGGAGCAGGCUGCAAUCUUUGAGGAAGUUCAGAAAAUAAGGCCAAGAAAUGAACAGAAAGAGAAUGAAUUGAUAAUCUCUGCUCUGAGACAUAUAUAUGAGGACAAACAGAAGGAUCACAUUCACCUUGCAGAAGCCAAGCAGAAUGCACAGUCUUCAAUAGAGACAGUGGGAAAUGAAAUGCCAAGCAAUACAUCCCGGUUCAGACUAGAUAUGUUGAAGAGCAAGGCUAAAAGGUCGCUAACAGAAUCGUUAGAAAGUAUAUUAUCCCGAGGAAAUAAAAGCAAAGGUCUACUGGAAAGUUCUGGAAGCAUUGACUUGGAAAGCUCCUUGUCUAGCACACUCAGUACUACAAGUAAGGAAACGUCACUAUGUGAACGAGAAGAUCUUGCUCCCCCAGAAAGUCCUCUGAAGGCAAAUGGAUCAGUAGGCAAUCUUUCAAGUGAGCCCCAAAGCCCAUCCCCUGAACAGGCUGCAAAAUCAGCCCAACAGGGCUUUAGACGGCGAGCCAAUACCCUGAGCCAUGUGCCAACGGACAGCCAGGAGUCCUCAGAAUUUACUGAUGCAUCUCCAUCUGUUCCCCAAAAGAAACUUAUGAGGUACCAUUCUGUGAGCACAGAGACUCCUCACCAGCAAAACUCUAAAACUUCUUCAGAUCAGUCACCACAACCAGCUGAUCAGUCACCAUCAGCUCCUCCUCCACCUCCUCCUCCAGCUCGUCUUAAUCCCUCAGCCUCCUCACCCAAUUUAUUAAAACAUCUUAGGCAUAAUUCAAGUGGAGAACAAAGCAGGCGUGCUGUACCAAUGAGCACCUCCUACCGUUCUGCUCUACGGAAAAAGCUUCAUUCUUCCUCUUCUGUGCCAAACUUCUUAAAAUUUCUGGCUCCUGUAGAUGAAAAUAACACUUCUGACUUUAGGAACACAAAAAGUGACUACAAGCCCAAGUCAAGGGAAGUAAAUUCUGUCCACGAAAGCCCUGUGAGGACUCGACGGCAUUCAUGGAGACAACAGAUAUUCCUGAGAGUGGCAACACCACAGAAAGGAUGUGAUUCUCCAAGUUGGCAUGAUGACUACUCUGAGUUGGGAGAACUUCCUCCUAGAUCACCACUGCAACCAGUUUGUGAAGAUGGCCCCUUUAGGACAGUAAAAGAAGAAAGGAAAAGAACAUCCAAGGAACUUCGGGAACUGUGGCAGAAGGCCAUUCUUCAACAGAUACUACUACUUAGGAUGGAAAAGGAAAAUCAGAAAUUGCAAGCUUCUGAAAACAAUCUUCUAAAUAAACGUCUAAAGCUUGAUUAUGAAGAAAUCACUCCAUGCCUUAAAGAAGUAACAUUGGUCUGGGAAAAAAUGUUGACAACGCCGGGAAAGUCGAAGAUGAAAUUUGACAUGGAAAAAAUACAUUCUGCUGUUGGAAAAGGAGUCCCUCGACAUCAUCGAGGCGAGAUCUGGAAACUUUUAGCAGAACAAUACCUUCUUAAGCAUCAGUUUCCAAAUAAACAACAACCAAAGGAUACAGCUUACAAAGAACUUUUAAAACAGUUAACCUCUCAGCAGCAUGCAAUCCUUAUUGACCUAGGGCGCACCUUUCCAACACAUCCAUAUUUCUCAGCCCAGCUUGGAGCUGGGCAGCUGUCACUCUACAAUAUCCUGAAGGCCUAUUCCCUCCUGGAUCCAGAAGUAGGCUAUUGCCAGGGCCUAAGCUUUGUAGCAGGUGUCCUGCUGCUUCAUAUGAGUGAAGAAGAGGCUUUCAAGAUGCUCAGGUUUCUCAUGUUUGACAUGGGCCUAAGGAAGCAGUAUCGACCUGACAUGACCAUCUUACAGAUCCAGAUGUAUCAACUUUCUCGACUCCUUCAUGAUUACCACAGAGAUCUCUAUGAUCACUUUGAAGCACAUGAAAUUAGUCCAAGUCUGUAUGCUGCUCCCUGGUUUCUUACAAUGUUUGCCUCUCAGUUUCCCUUGGGUUUUGUGGCUAGAGUGUUUGACAUACUUUUUCUUCAGGGGUCAGAAGUUAUAUUUAAAGUAGCUUUAAGUCUACUGGGAAGCCAUAAGCCAUUGAUUUUGCAACAUGAAAACCUGGAAACUAUAGUUGAUUUCAUUAAAAGCAUUCUUCCAAACCUGGGCUUGGUACAGAUGGAAAAGACUAUUAACCAGGUUUUUGAGAUGGAUAUCUCCAAACAGCUCCAAGCCUAUGAAGUUGAAUACCAUGUACUUCAGGAUGAAUUGAUAGAUUCUUCACUCAAUGACAAUCAGAGGAUGGAUAAAUUAGAAAAAGCCAACAGUAGUUUACGCAAGCAAAACUUCGAUCUCCUUGAGGAGCUGCAGGUGGCAAAUGGAAAGAUCCAAAACCUACAGGUCAUGGUUGAAACUUUGCUUAACCACGAAAGCAAGCUGAAGCAGACGAUUCUCACACUGGAGCUGGAGAGAAAAGCUUUGCUGGAGACAGUAAAGGAGUUGCAGGCAUCUUCAGCAAGCCCCAGUGGAAAACCCCAGCUUAGCAGACAAGAGCAUAUGGAUGCUGCUAAUUGACAGCUGCAGACCUACUUGAGGUGGGAUACACCACAUCCAAAAAGGGAAGAACUAUUUUCUGAAGUCGCCAUUAGAUUUUUUCAUUUCAUCCUUCACAUUGUCCAUGCCUUAACUUCAGUUAACUUCAGCUGAGUGAAACCAAGUAAUUGCACAAGAGAGAAGCAUGUUACUAAUGGAAGGAACCCUUGCUUAUUCAUAUCUUAAAUUCUUUGGAAUGACACACAUACACAGUCGCACAAGCAAGAACAUUUAUCCUGCCUUCAUUUUGCUUUUGACUGACACAUUUCCACUCCAUGGUAAACCUUUCUAGUUUGCCAGUGCAGUAUAUGCUUCUCUACCUAAGGGCUUCAUAUCGCUUACAGAUUGAGCAUUUAGAAAACUCCGCUGUAAACACUGUGUGCUACAAAGGUGUUGGAGAAUUACAGCACUAGGAGUGCCUGGACUUCUUUUAAGGGGUUACAGUGUAUUCAUCAGUGUUUGUACUUUGUAUGUUUGUGAUGGUUUUUCAAAGUUGUUCUUUGCCUGAAGCUGGAGUGGGUUCUGCUUGCUUACACGGAAUUUUUAAAACCUUAGUGUCACCUGAAAACAUCAACCUAGUGAACCCCAGGGAGCCAAUAUAACCAUAUAACUUUGGGAUUACUUCUCUGCCAUUACAAAUGUGGUGUUUUAAUUAUUCUUUGGAGGGGGGCAUUUUUAACAGGCAACAUUCUAGCAUGGUUCCAUGUUCUUAAUAAAAUAGAACAAGGUAAUACUCCUGUCCCCCAUGUGCAUUACCUAAAUCUGAAACUCUUAUAUCCUUAGAGUGGAUAAUGCCAUAAAGUAUCUAUUUAUUCUUUAAUCCUUGUGUGUUGUAAGCCAUUGGUUUCCAAGUGGAAAUCUAAUGAUUGUCAGUUUUAAUUUCAGUGGGUAAUUGGACAACAAACACAAUCUUGAUGAACUCAUAUUCCUCAAACUUUACCUUCUAAAAUUAGGAAAGUAUAUUGGAAAGAUUGUUUGUAUGAAAGCACAAUCCAAUACAUGUGUUACUCAAAAGUAAGGCCCAUUGCCUGAUAACUGGGUAUAGGAUUGCACUGUUAAAAGCAUUCUUUAUAAAAUAUCUGACUGAUAGUUGAACUUGGAGUGCUGGUUCUCUAAAUGAAGCAUCUUUUGGGGUAAGGUGAUAUAUUUAAGAGAUCUUCCUCUUAAGUAAUGUACUUUUAGAACCAUUAAAAGCACUUCAGAUACAGCUGUAAGUACUGUAGUAGUCAACAAUGCGGAACUCACCAUUUACUAUACAAAGGGAUCACCUGGUAACACAGAUUUGUUUGCUGGCUUGAACUUUUAUAAGUUUUCACUUAAGCCAGUCAUAACUGCAAUUUGUAAACUAAUUAUGAAAGGAUUUUUCCUAUUGAGAGUUGUUGACAAUAAUCUUUUGUCUAGAUUAAACAUAAGAUCCAGAAAUGGUAAAACCUAUGGGAAAUUUAUAGUUGACUCCAACAGAGUAUGGGCUGCACUUUCUGGACAUAUCUGCAUUACAAAUGUAAAUCCAUUCAGUGGUAAUUCUUUCCCCCAAUAAAUCCUCAGACUGCAUUUCUAGGAAGCACAGGGCAAGGAACCUCUAAUACAGAGUUUUCAGCAUUCCUACCACAUUACAAUUCCUGGAUUUUUAAAAGGAAAUUACAGCAAUUCAUCUGCUACAAAACUGGUAUUUGUUUUAAUGUAGAAGGUCCCUACCUAUCAUUUUAAUCAUUUUGUUUACUUGUAUGCUGUGUUGUCAGAUAAUGAGUUGUGUCCAAUAGUAAGUCUACUUUGAACAAACCCAUUGAAAUGAAUGGCUUUUAAGUUUGUCUGUCACUAACUUAAUUCUUGUUCAUUUCAGUGGGUCUGCUCUAAGUAGAACUAACAUUGGACACAAUCUAAGCUCAAUUUUUGAGAAAAGGAAAGUACAUUCUUAGAUUUUUAAAACCUUAGACUGGUUUCUUGAAGAACUGUCCUCACAAAUUUACCACCUGGGUUUGCAGUAUUAAAUACUGGUAAUGGCAAUUUAUGAAUUCAUUGUGUGUGGUGGAAGACAACUCUUAACUGUUAGUAUUUUUAUGUUUGAAAGAUUGUCUUGCUUUGGAUUAUUUGGAAGUUUUAUUGUAUUUAAUCCUUUGAAUGCCCAGCAAUGUUGCAUUUGGACAGAGGCAAUAACUGAUAUCCAGGCUUUUUAACACUAAAAGAAGAAAGAGCAAUAAAAAAUAUAGUGAACACCACCAAA